CAGAGAGUGAUUCAGUAAUGCCUGGAAACUUAAUGUCGACUCUCUUCUUCUCAUCUUCUAAGACCCUUUCUUCUGUUUCUUCAUUUACGAGUUCUUAUACUCAUACGCCACCUUCACCUAUACACACAUUCUCUAAAUCAAUGAUGGAAGAGAAAAUAGAAAAUGCAGAACCAAUCAUCACCAGAUGGAAUCUAAACUCUUCCUCAUACACCAAAGCUAUCUCAGUUUUUAGUCAUAACAGAAAAGAGGCUAAAGAGCUUUUAAAAAGUGUCAAAGACUUGCGUCAAGCCAUGCACUUUUUGAUUUCUGAAAUUUCGCCUUCUGAUAAGCUUGUUCUUGCUCAGACUCUCAUGCAAAUUGCCAUGAAAAGGCUGGAACAUGAGUUUUAUUUGAUAUUGUCCAAACAACGUGAUCAACUUGAUCCCGAAUCAGUUUCAGGUCAAUCCUCUGAUGAGUCGAGAAAUUUUGAUGAUGAGGAGGAAGCACCUGAUGAUGAAGAUGAGUUGAAAAGAGCUCGCGAGACAAUAACUGAGGUGGAGACUCUCUCUCAGCUUGCAAUGUUUGACCUGAAGGCAAUAGCUGAUUGUAUGAUCAGUUCAGGUUAUGGCAAGGAGUGUAUAAAGAUAUACAAACUGAUCAGGAAAUCGAUAGUCGAUGAAGGACUGUAUCAACUUGGAAUCGAACAGUUCAAGGCUUCUCGAAUUCAGAAAUUGAAUUGGGAGGCGCUUGAACAUAUGAUGAAGAACUGGCUGACUGCAGUGAAGAUUGCAGUGAAAACACUCUUCAGUGGAGAAAAAGCUCUCUGCGAUCACGUGUUUUCAGCGUCUGAUUCAAUCAGAGAGUCUUGCUUCUGUCAUAUAACAGAAGAAGGAGCUAUCAAUCUGUUCAGAUUUCCAGAAAUCAUUGCAAAGAGCAAGAAAUCACAAGAAAGAAUUUUCCGGCAAAUGGAACUUCAUGAAGCACUCACUGAUCUCUGGCCGGAAAUAGAAUCAAUAUUCAACUCUGAUUCCACCUCAGCUAUAAAAUUGCAAGCUCUUUCAUCACAACAGAAGCUUGGUGACUCAAUUCGAACUAUUUUAUCAGACUUUGAGUCAAGAAUUCAGAAAGACUCGUCGAAAACUCCACCUAUUGGUGGUGGAAUUCACCCACUCACUCAAUCAGCGAUGAGUUUCAUAUGUUCACUGGGAGAUUACAGUGGAGUUCUUUCUGAUAUUGUUGCUGAAUAUCCUCCCGGAAAUUCAACAACUACAGAAUCUUGCAUUGGGAGUUUGACCUCCAACCACGAUUCAGCAUCUCCAGCGUCAGUUCACCUAGCCUGGCUCAUACUUGUUCUUUUAUGCAAGCUUGACAGCAAAGCUGAACCACACCGAAAAGAUGUGGCUUUGUCAUAUCUCUUCCUAGCCAACAAUCUUAACUUCAUCAUUGAAAAAGUUCGGACAUCUAACCUGAAGAACCUUCUAGGUGAUGAUUGGAUGAGUAUGCACACCAAGAAGCUUAAACAGUAUGCUUUAAACUAUGAAACUGUGGCGUGGACCAAGGUCUUCUCAUCUUUGCCAGAAAAAAGUUCCUCAGCAAUGUCGCCUGAAGAGGCAAAGGAAUGUUUUAGGAGGUUCAAUGCAGCUUUUGAAGAAGCAUAUAUGAAACAGACAUCAUGGAUUGUACCAGAUGGGAAGUUAAGAGAUGAAUUAAAGGUUUCGAUAGCAAAGAAACUUGUACCAGCAUACAGAGAAUUCUUUGAUGCACAUGUGAUGAUGUUAUAUGGGGAAAGACAUCUGGAAGUGUUGGUGAGAUUUGGACCUGAUGAUUUGGGAAAUUAUUUAUCAGAUCUGUUUCAUGGUACUCCCAUCUUAGUUAGUUCUUCAUCAUCUUCAUCAUGCAGCUCAUCGCCAAGAUGCAUACUCCAUUAAAGAUACAAACAUGUACAUGAUUAGAAAAGGCAACGUCUCAAUGCCCAACAUAACUACUGUUAUAAUUUAUGCUGUUCCUUCUCUAAUGGUGCUUUCAGUUUUUUCAUCAGAUUAAAAAUAUGUACUAGAAAAUAAUUGUGCAGAAAUAAAAUACU